CGGCCGCGGCGCCGGCAGGCUCGCGAUGGAGACACCGGAAGAAGACGGGCCCGACGGAGACCGCGCCGGGCCCCGCUCGCCCCGCGGCUGCCCGGCCGUGCCCGCGCCAACCCGCCUGCGCGCCUUCCUCUGGUGUCGCGAGUUCCUGGCCGGGGCCUGGCGCCGCCUGGCGGGGCCCGAGGAGCUAGGCAUCGUCCCCGUCAGUGGUGGGCUGAGUAACCUGCUGUACAAGUGCUCUCUGCCGGAGCACAUCACGACUGCGGAGGAUGAGCCGCACCAGGUCCUGCUGCGCAUCUAUGGUGUUAUCCUCCAGGGGGUCGACUCGCUGGUUCUUGAGAGUGUCAUGUUUGCCAUCCUGGCUGAGCGGGCCCUGGGACCACGGCUGCAUGGCAUCUUCCCGCAGGGACGCCUGGAAGAGUACAUCCCGAGCCGCCGCCUGGUCACGGAGGACCUGCCGGACCCCAGCAUCUCAGCCGAGAUUGCGGUAAAGAUGGCUCGCUUCCACGGCAUGGAGAUGCCCUUCAACAAGGAGCCCAAGUGGAUGUUUGGGACCAUGGAGAGGUACCUGAAGCAGAUCUCCGAACUCACGUUUUCCCAGGAAGCCCAGCGGAACAAGCUUAAUCAGCUCAAGGCAUACAACCUGGAGGCUGAAAUGCACAGCCUCAGGACGCUGCUAGAGGCCACGCUGUCCCCGGUGGUUUUCUGCCACAAUGAUGUACAAGAAGGGAACAUUCUCCUCCUGGCUGGCCGCGAGGCCUGCUCGACUGACCGGCUCAUGCUGAUCGACUUUGAGUACAGCAGCUAUAACUACAGGGGCUUCGACAUUGCCAAUCACUUCUGCGAGUGGGUCUACAGCUAUGCCCACAAUCAAUGGCCUUUCUACAAAGCCAGUCUGGAGAACUACCCCAGCCGGGAGCAGCAGUUGCACUUCAUCCGGUGCUACCUGGAGGAGGCGGGUGGGAAGGCUGCAGCCCCCUCACCUGAAGAUCGGGAGCGCCUGGAGGCCGAGAUGCUCCUGGAGAUCAGCCGGUUCACGUUGGCCUCCCAUUUCUUCUGGGGCCUGUGGUCCAUCCUGCAGGCCAAGAUCUCCACCAUCGAGUUUGGCUACCUGGAAUAUGCCCAAUGCCGCUUUGAGGCCUAUUUCCAGCAGAAGGCCAGGGGCAAGUGACUGCUGGCUGGCCGGCACCUGCUGCCAGAAGGGUGGCCUGACCGGGUGUGACACACUGGACAGGUGGACCUGAAGGACCAAGCCUGGGGGGGUUGGCUGGCCAGCCCUUCCUCUGCAGCACAAGCUGUCUUCAUGUGUGCUCCGGUGCAGUUCAGCAACGCCUCGAUGUUCUCUAACCCAAUUGGGGGGGGGGUUCCUGUGACGCUGCAGGACAUGUGGUCCACCCCUGUAUCCCUCUGGACUGGCUGCGGUGGUGAGGAGCAGGAGGCGUGGUGCCCCAGUGGUUCACCUGCCUCAGCAGUCAGUUCCACUUGGGGUCAGUGGGGGCGGGGAUCGUGCCCACUGCCCCUUGCACGUUGGGUGCCUCCGGGCUCAAUGUCUCCCCUCUCCUGUUCAGCAUCCACAUGAAACCCCUGGGUGAGGCCAUCCGCCGGUUCGGGGUGCGGCAUCAUCAGCAGGCUGGGUUGGGGGUGUCACCAUCCUUGGCCUUGGAUAGGGCUGCCCUUCCCCGUUCAAGACUGGUGCACACCUUGGGGGUCCUUCAGGACCUGCAGCUACUGCUCAAAGAGCAGGUGGCAGCUGUGGGCAGGAGGGCCUUUGCGCAGGUUCAUUGUGCGCACCAGUUGCACCCUUCCCUCAAUUGGGAGGCCCUUCAGACAGUCACUCAUGCCAGGUCACCUCACAAUUGGAUUAUUGCAAUGUGCUCUAUGUGGGGCUGCCCUUGAAGACCACCCAGAAGCUCCAGCUGGUUCAAAAUGCAGUGGUACAGGCAGUAACGGGCGCCUCUCAAUGUGCCCAUGUGUCACCACUGCUGCAUGAGCUGCGUUAGCUGCCAGUGUCCGAGUGCAG